AGCUGCUUCGCAAUCCGGCGUCACACUGUCCACUCAUUUCAGGGAAGAUAUGAGUACACUUAAGGGGGCAUUAUAUAGAUACUUGUUUUGCAAUCUUCCGCCCCAUCCAGUGGGGUUACUACUCCGUAGUGUGAAAGAUGUACUUCGUCUGUUGAUGGAUGGGACUUAUUCCAUCGGAAUAUGGGGGGUUCCAAGUAUUGGUAAAACUACUUUUGCCAGAGCUAUUUACGAUAGAAUUUGUGGCAGGUUUGAGAGAAAAAGUUUCCUUGCAAAUAUCAAUGAUGAAUGGAAAAAAGAUAACGGUCUAGUUCAUCUACGACAGCAACUUAUUUCAGAUGUUUUCGAUACAGAACUUGAUAUGGUUCAUGAUGUUAAGAUGGGAGCUAGUCAAAUGAAGGAGGCACUGUCCAAUAAAAGUGUACUGGUAGUGUUUGAUGAUGUGAAUCAUAUAGACCAACUCAUAGCAUUAUGUGGGAGUAGGGAUCUGUGCUUUGGCAAAAGGAGUUUAGUACUUGUUACGUCAACAAGUAAGGAUCUAAUUCUUGGCCUCGGACUCUACUUUUAUGAAAUGAAGGCGCUGGAUGAGAGUGAGUCUCUUGAGCUUUUCAGCUGGCAUGCAUUUAAGAAAUCUAGUCCAACAGAUGAUUUCAUGUCUCUGUCAGGGAAAGCAAUAAAUUUUUGUGAAGGACUACCAUUAGCUCUUGAAGUUAUUGGCUCUCUUUUGCUUAAUAGGACAAAAAAAGAGUGGAAUAAUGUGUUGAAGAAAUUGAGAGGAAUUCCUCGUGGUCAAAUAAAAGAGAAGCUCAAGAUAAGCUUGAAUUUUUUAACCGAUUCAGAGAAAGAUUUAUUCUAUAAUAUAGCUUCCUUUUAUGUGGGUCUAAAUAAACAUGAUGUUACACAAUUGUUAAAGGGCUCAAAAUCUCCUGUAGAAAAGGCAAUGCAUGAGAUUAUAGAGCGGGGACUUGUAAAAGUUGAUAUGAGUGAUAAGCUUGAUGUUCAUCAUUUGUUGCGAGAGAUAGGAAGAGAAAUCAGUCCUAAAAAGAUAAAGCAUGAAUAUAUCUAUGAUGUAUUCUUGAGUUUUAGAGGUGAAGAUACACGUAAAUCUUUUACUACUCAUCUUUGCACUGCUUUAAAGAAAGCAGGUAUUGAGGUCUUCAUGGAUGAAGAGGGGAUUGGAAGGGGUGAAGCCAUUUCUUCCUCUUUACUGCAAGCAAUUGAAAGUUCAAGAAUGUCGAUAAUUAUAUUCUCAAAAAAUUAUGCUGGUUCUAGUUGGUGUUUACAAGAAUUAGAGAAAAUCAUGGAGUGUCACAAAACAACUCAUCAAGAGGUCUUACCAAUAUUUUAUGAUGUGCAACCAUCUGAAGUUCGUAAACUACAAAAUAUUUUUGGAGAAGCAUGGAAAAGACUCACACUAAGAAACUCAACUAGCAAAGUGAAGAAAUCGAUGAUCAAUUGGAAGAGAGCACUCAUUGAAGCUGCGAAUAUAUCUGGGUGGGACAUGCAUGAAUGUAGAACUGAAACGGAGUUGAUUGACGAUGUGGUUGAAACUAUAACAAUGAAGCUAGACAGCAAAGACUUGUUUGUUGCUCACCAUCCAGUGGGAGUGGAGCCUCGUGUGCAAGAUAUCAUCAAGUUGCUGAUUAAUAAAUCAAAUGAGGUUAUCAUAGCAGGGAUAUGGGGGAUGGGCGGGAUUGGCAAGACUACUAUUGCUAAAGCGAUCUUCAAUGAAAUUGGUCAAACAUUUGAAGGAAAGUGUUUCCUCUCAAAUGUGAGGGAAGUGUGGAAGCAAGAUAAUGGUCAAGUUUAUCUUCAAAAACAAAUUCUUUCAAGCAUCUUUAAUGCAAGAAGAGUGAAGCUCACAAGUAUAGAAAUGGGGACAACUCUAAUCAAGCAAAUGCUUUGUAAGAAAAGAGUACUUAUUGUUCUUGAUGAUGUAAAUAAUGAUGAUCAGUUGAAAGCUUUAUGUGGAAAUCAUGAAUGGUUUGGUAGAGGUAGUAGAAUACUCAUCACUACUAGAGAUGAACGGCUACUCAAGAUCCUUGGAGUGGAAGAUCAUAAGAUAUACAACAUGAAAGAAAUGAAUGAUAGUGAAUCUCUUGAGCUUUUUAGUUGGCAUGCGUUUAAGCAACGAUUCCCUGAAAGAGAUUAUGUUGAAUUUUCAAGGAGGAUAGUUUCUUACUCAGGAGGUUUACCGCUAGCUCUUGAAGUUCUUGGCUCCUAUUUAUUUGAUAGGGAAGCAUUGAUAUGGGAAAGUGUUCUACAAAAACUACAAAAAAUUCCAAAUGAUAAAAUACAUGAAAAGCUAAAAAUAAGUUAUGAUGGUUUGAGUGACCAAACAGAGAGAGAUAUAUUCCUUGAUAUAUGUUGUUUUUUUAUUGGGAAGGACAAAAUCUAUGCUACACAAAUAUUAAAUGGUUGUGGACUUCAUGCUGAUAUUGGAAUUAUUCGUCUCGUAGAGAGGAGCCUCAUAAAAGUUGGCAAGAAAAAUAAGCUUGAUAUGCAUGACUUACUACGUGAUAUGGGAAGACACAUCAUUCGUGAGCAAUCACCAGAGGAUCCUGAGAAGCAGAGCAGAUUAUGGUCUCAUGAUGAUGUGCUAGAUGUGCUAAGAAAUUGCACGGGAACAAUAGCGAUUAAGGGAUUGGCUUUGAACAUGUCAACAAACAAUUUAGGACCAUUGAGUGCCAAAGCAUUUGAGAACAUGAAGAAGCUUCGUUUGCUCCAACUUGAUCAUGUACAACUUACUGGAGACUUUGGUUAUCUAUCAAAGGACUUAAGAUGGCUGUGUUGGCAUGGAUUUCCCUUAGAAAACUUGCCAGCAAAUUUAAGUCUCGAAAAGAUAGUUGCCAUAGACUUAAAGUGGAGUAAUCUCACAAAAGUAUGGGAGAAAAGUCAGAGGCUAGAGUGGUUGAAAAUUCUCAAUUUGAGUCAUUGUCAUCAUUUGACAAAGACACCUGAUUUUUCAAAGUUACCAUAUCUUGAAAAGCUAAUACUCAAAGAUUGUCCGCUUGUGUUUUCGAUUCACCCCUCCAUUGGAGAUCUUAAAUACAUUGUUCUGUUAAAUUUAAAGGACUGCAAAGACCUUAAUCAUCUCCCAAGAGGUAUAUAUAACUUAAAAUCUUUGAAAACUCUCAAUCUUUCUGGUUGUUCAAAGAUUGAAAAGUUGAAAGAAGACAUUGGGCAAAUGGAAUCCUUGACAACUUUGGUGGCAAAUCAAACUUCUAUUACACAAGUUCCCUCCUCAUUAGUGAGAAUGAAAAGUAUUAAAUUUGUGUCACUAUGUGGCUUCGAAGGAUUAUCGCGCGAUGUAUUUCCAUCGAUUGUUAUGUCUUGGAUGUCACCGACAGUUCAUUCGAAGUCCCUGCUACGAGCAUUUACGAUUAUGCCAUCUUUAAUCAAGGGUCUAUCACAUCCUUUAUUUGCCAGAAGCCGUAAAGUAUUAGAAGCAAGACCCAGCACAUCUCAAGAUUCAUGUAGAACUCAAGGGUUAAUUGGUUUUCAAGAGAAAUCUCACAUGGAAAGGUUAGAGCCAUUGAGUUCUUUAACUAUUCAUUUAGGCGGCUUCAACAAAGUUAUGGAUGCACUUUUAAACAGUAUUUCACAGGGAUGGAGUGACGGAGGGUUUGACUAUUCUCAGCUUCCUCAAGAUAAUUAUCCUGAUUGGCUAUGUUUUGAGAGUGAAGGAUCUUCUGCAUCAUUUAAAACGCCUCGAGUUUUGGGUUGUUUGAUGGGAAUGGUAAUCUAUAUUAUCUAUUCAUCUUCUCAAGAUAGCAUGGCAUCCGUAUAUCCUGUUGGCUUCAUGAUAAAGAAUUUCACAAAGGGUACUAUGGACUUUUACAAGAGAGAUGAUGCAGCGACUUCUGCUGAUGAUGACUGGCACAAAAUAAUACUUAAUCUAGAGCCUGAUAAUGAGGUGGAAAUUACAGUCAAUUUUGCCCAGAAGCAUAUUGUAAAGAAGACUUUAAUCUAUCUGGUAUGA